AUUCCUCGCGCUUUCUAAGAUUCCUCCUCUUCUCUCUCUCUCUAGAAUUACUUAAACCAAAUCCCUCACCGUCCGUUCAUAUCCAACCACCAUCGCCAUCUCUCUCACUCAGAUCCAAACACAGUUUUUUUCUCUCAUGAAAUUCGGAAAAGAGUUUCGAACCCACCUCGAAGAAACCUUACCAGAGUGGAGAGACAAGUUCCUCUGCUACAAACCCUUGAAGAAGCUUCUCAAGUACUACCCUUACCCUCCCCCCGCCGACGAUUCUUCUAAUUCCGACCAGAUCGACUCUCGUCAGGUCUUUGCCGACACGACCAACUUAUCUUCCGCGGAAGACGACGGUGUAAGGCCCGCGGAGGAUCUUCAGGACUCGUUCGUGAGGAUACUCAAUGAGGAGCUUGAGAAGUUUAACGACUUUUACGUUGAUAAAGAAGAAGACUUUGUCAUCAGACUGCAGGAGUUGAAGGAAAGAAUCGAGAAGAUUAAGGAGAAGAACUGCAAGAAUGGGGAGUUCGCAUCGGAAAGCGAGUUCAGUGAAGAGAUGAUGGAUAUUCGCAGAGACCUUGUCAGUAUUCAUGGCGAGAUGGUGCUCCUUAAAAACUACAGUUCCCUUAAUUUUGCAGGACUUGUCAAAAUUUUGAAGAAGUAUGAUAAGAGGACAGGAGGACUUCUUCGUUUGCCUUUCACACAGGUGGUUCUCCAUCAACCCUUUUUUACAACUGAGCCACUUACGAGGUUAGUCCGUGAAUGUGAGGCCAACCUUGAGCUUCUCUUCCCUUCUGAAGCCGAAGUUGUGGAGUCUUCUUCCAACGCAGUCUCAACCUCGCAUCAAAACAACUCACCGAGAAUCUCUGCUCAGACUUCCUCAACUCUUGGAGAUGAGAAUCUUGAUAUAUACAGGAGCACACUCGCUGCAAUGAGAGCCAUAAGAGGGUUGCAAAAGGCCAGCUCGACCUACAAUCCUUUAUCAUUCUCUUCGCUUCUCAAGAACGAGGAUGAUGAGACUGUAACGGCUGAGAACUCUCCAAACUCUGAGAAUCUGCAGAGCAAAGAUGAAUCAGAGAAGGAAGACAAUGGACCUUCCCCCUGAGAUUUAGAAGAGGACCAUGCCUCCUUGUGAUCAAGAUUUUGCUUCUUCUUAUCACCCUGACGUGUCCUAAAGUAUUAACACAUUUCAACACCUGUCCGGAUCCCUGUUUAGGUUUCUUUACAUUUUGCAGCUCACAGCUUUUGUAAUGCUUUCGAAUUGUAGAAGAACAGCACUUUAUAAGAUCUUCAAUAAUUUGGUUC